UCCGUUUCUUCCAGGAAUUUCGAUCGACUCAUCAAAUCAAAGCGGAUCUCUAUUUUAGUAUUUACAUACAUUCUAGAAUCUUAUUAUUCCCAAAUGGCAAUGGCUCGUACAUCAACUAAGCAGGAUAUUGUGAAGUUGGUCGAUCUCUUUUUAUCCACUGACUUUGAUCCUCUACCAUCGCUUAAUUCUGGAGUCAACUUGAAUAAAGUUUAUAAGUUUCAAUUUGAAGCAGACCUUGGUGAUGAAGAGUCUGAUUCAGUGGUUCAACAUUAUCAGCAUGAUGAUUAUUUACUCCGUAAAUUUGGGCAAAAAUUGGCCACAAUGGGAGAUGAUUUCCUCAACAAAAGGGAACCUCAAGCAAACAGAUCAACUGCGCAAGCAAAAUCACUGACAGGGCACAUCAACAGAAAGCAAGAGUUGAUUGCCGAGGACGUUAAAAGAAUAUUCGUGCAGCUAGAUGCGGUGUCCAGUAAACGGUCCCAUGGUCAACAGGAAUAUGACAAUGCUAAGGAGGAGGCUUAUGAAAAGUUCAAGGCCAUCAUUGAAAGUUCCAUUAUCAGUACGGGUGCGGAUGACAUCUGGAAAACACUGGGAGCCUUCCUGUUGACCUUGAAUGGACUGUCUCAUCUAAAGGAAGGGACAAAGUCACUUCUGCGCACAUUGUCAAUCAGGUUCAUAGAACAGAGGCAGCUAGAUCGAGAUAUUGAGCGCAUUGGUGGUCUGGAAAAAAUGUAUGACGAACUAGAUUAAUGACUACUGAAAGUAGGCCAAACUUUCUACAUAAACCACUGCUGGAUUUGCUGACACUUAUAUUGCAUGCAAACUUACAAUUCUAGUGCCAUUAUUUUAAUUUGUAUACUAUAUUUUUAAAGUAUUUAUUUUUAACUUAUAUGAGAGAGUGGAACUGAGAGACUGGGUAUGUAUACUCCUGAUUUUAAAUCUAGUUUUGUAAAAACUUACUUAAUUUGACUCAUGCUGCUGUUUAAGAAUCAAAUUUUGUGUUCUCACUACAUGUUUAGCUGGAUGCAUGGUUCCAUCACUUGGUUAACAUCAACUCAAACUUCCAUCACAAAAAUUGUAUUGAAUCAAAAACAAUUUUUACUUGUGAAUAUUGUACUGAAUAUUCCAGUGUUAUAAACUGUUUCCCUGUUAAAUAGUCUGGAUUAGACCAGUAUUACGAGUUGACAACAGAUUUUCUGAUGUUAAAAAGUUGUCAGCAAAUAUUGUACCUGUUGAAAGAUGGGAAUAAUAUGACUGAAGUUUCAUUUUAAUAAAAAAAACAGCACAGCAUAAAAUAUGAUAUUGUUUUGAUAAUUAGCAAGUGUUAAUGUAAUUUAUUGUAAUUGAAAAGAUGGGCAUAAUAUGAUUGUAGCUUUAUUUUCCUAACUAAUAACAGCUCAACAUUAAAUGUGGUGUUUUAAUAUGAAGUUUUAAUGUCGUUGAUUGUGAUAAAAUACAUUUUUUACCACUGUAAAAUGUUGUCCUAUUUAUUUAAUUCACUGUAAACCUUUAUUAACACUCACUUUUUUAUUUGUAAAUAUUAUUUUAUCUGUAAUUUAAGUUAAUCUUUCAAUACUUCUUAUACAUAUAUUUCUCACUAGAGAAGAGCAUAAAUUUGUGUGUUGAUCUGUUUAAGUUAAUUAAUAUCAAGUUGUAUCUUGCACUACCAUCCACCAUAUAGUUUUAUUGUAUGUUGACUUGAAUCUAUACCCUCCAACGUAAAGUUCUAAUGUAUGUUGACAUGAAUCUAUACCCUCCACCGUAUAGUUCUGUUGUAUGUUGACUUGAAUCUAUACCCUCCACCGUAUUGUUCUGUUGUAUGUUGACUAAAUAAUUCUGGCAGCAAUUAAGACCAUGCAAGUGUCUUUUAGACCUUUUAUCUAAAGUCUAUCAAUAUAAAUCACAGAUAAGUAUUUAUCUUUUUACCUAUUGUGUCUUUCUCUAAUUGUUCUAAUCUUUCAUCUCAGGUUUAUUGAAAUAAUCCACAGUUGAAACAUUGAGUUAAGUACUGUGUAAUUAUGAUCACAAUGUAAUUAGCAGCAUGGUUAAAAAAACUAAAGCAGAUGAACCAUCUAGAUGUCUAUGCUUCUUUUCUUUAAAUUUUUUUUAGAAAUGAUUGUGGAAAGCAAUAAAUAUUUAAUAAUAAAUCAAAGAAUUAUGAUCACAUUUAUGCAUUAAAUUACUAUUUGUUAAUAAAUUAAUUGGGAUUUUACCUGUUUAAACCACCGUUCACAACUUUAUUUUUUUUUAUAAAUCUUUAUUUUUUCUUUACUAAGUGCUCAAGCAAUGUCUUGAAGAAAAUUUUAAUUGUUUUGGUUAAGUGUAGACUGUAAUUCUAAUUUCAGUAAUGUGUAGGUCUUAUGUAGUCUGUAAUUCUAAUUUCAGUACUGUGUAGGUCUUAUGUAGUCUGUAAUUCUAAUUUCAGUAAUGUAUGGGUCUUAUGUAGUCUGUAAUUCUAAUUUCAGUAAUGUAUAGGACUUAUAUAGUCUGUAAUUCUAAUUUCAGUAAUGUGUAGGUCUUAUGUAGUCUAAUUCUAAUUUCAGUAAUGUAUAGGUCCUAUGUAGUCUAAUUCUAAUUUCAGUAAUGUAUAGCUCUUAUGUAGUCUAAUUCUAAUUUCAGUAAUGUAUAGCUCUUAUGUAGUCUAAUUCUAAUUUCAGUUAUGUAUAGGUCUUAUGUAGUCUGUAAUUCUAAUUUCAGUAAUGUAUAGGUCUUAUGUAGUCUAAUUCUAAUUUCAGUAAUGUAUAGGUCUUACGUAGUCUAAUUCUAAUUUCAGUAAUGUAUAGGUCUUAUGUAGUCGGUUAAUUCUAAUUUUUCUUUGAUGAAUAUGUCUUAUUGUAGGUUUUUAAGGUCUGUAAUUGUAAUUCCUGUUAUGUGUAAGUCUUAUGAGGUCUGUAAUUCCUGUUAUGUACAGGUGAUGGGGUCUGUAAUUCUAAUUCCUGUUGUGUAGGUUAUGAGGUUUGUAAUUCCAUGAAUGUGCCAUGUUGAUACCUUGAAAACCUGAUCUCUCUUUUUUACUUUGUGUAUGUUUGUUGAAUCUGUCAGCUUUUAUAUUGGUUCUAGUUUGUUGGGGGUCAUUUGACGUGUGUGUUUACAGGGCUUUGAGUUUGGCCAUUUUUGAUUGUUUGAGGUGGUACAAUAAUAUAAAUAGUGAUGAACUAUUUCAGGUUUCACAUUAUGAAUAUCAGCAGUUUGCAAAAAGACUAGCAUUCCACCUAAGUUGAUGGACUGAAUGUCAGUGUUCAAUUCUUUAAUAUGUGUAUGUUGUGUAUGUAUGGUAAUGGUAGACUUGUAUGUUUUAAAAUAUUUAUCAACCUGAGAUUUUGUUACCAUUGUGUAACGCAAUAUAUUAUCUGGUCUUUGAAAUAAAAUUUUUAAAAGAAU